CCUUCAUUCCCUCUUAACGUUAACACGAAGUUUGUGAACAAACACAAACAUCAGAUGAUGAGCCAUUUUCGCGGGUGUAACACUCUCGUGAAUAUGAUUUUCUUCAUAUUCUUACUCCUCCUCUGUCCCGGGACUCUAUCGACGGCGGCCGGUCAAGAAAAGUCGAUUAUUGAACUGCCUACUGUAAAUGAAGACUUGGUGAAUUGGGCUGGCUAUGGAGAAGAGCAACUGUCCAGGGUUUUAAUCACAGGGGAACUUCUUUGCCAUGGUGAUGGAAAUCAUAAAGAUUCAGUUCAUACUUUGCCAGUUUCUGAUGCAUCGAUCGCGGUUUUCUGCGGCACCAGCAGCUCCGAGACGAGGAAAUCAUAUGCGAUGGGCAGAACGAAUGGCUAUGGUGAAUUUCACAUCGAUCUUCCGUCCCAUCUCCACGCCAUUCCGAACUUGGAAAAGAUCUGUCUCGUUAAAGUUCUUCAUCUUCCCAAAACAUGUUCUUGUAGACAUGCUUUUACUGGAAAACACAAAGGGAUAGAAUUAACAUCGAUUGGCGAAGGCAUUCGGACAUAUACGGCCCAUAAAAUACAUUUGCUAUCUAAACCUGCGAAAAGGCACAUGAAUAGAAGAGCCAAGACGAGGAAUAAUCUGUAAUAAAACGGUGCAUUGAGUUGCCCAUGACUCGUGUGGAUGGCGCUUUAGUCACAACAUGAGUUGCAUGUAAAUUUCACAACCCUGUUACUUGUGUGUACGAGAAAGAGGAAGAGAGAAGACUACAUUUGAUACAAAGCAUGUUUGAUAUGUAAUAUUAAAUGUGUUUGAACUGUAAUGAUGAGAUAUUAAUUCUCUGUUUGGUACGGAUAAAAA